GAGUAUUGAGGUAUUGUUGUGGUGAGAGACUGGCGGGCAGAGACUGGAGUGGGAGAAGGAAGAAAAGGACGAAUUAAUAACUACUCCCAUCCAGAAAGUUAUAUACGGGGUUAGACUAAUGUGAAGCCCUUGAGAGAAGUAAAACAGGUCGAUUUGUGGAGGAAAGAGGAAGAAAAACUGGAGGAGGAGGAGAGAAAGAGGAGGGAGUGUGAAGCAAUUGUGGUGGGAGGCGGGCGAGGCCAGCAGAUAAGUACACCACAGCAUCACCAUUCACCACAGCAUUACCAAUCACCACCACAGCUCUAAUCCCAUGGGUGCAUGAGGUGGAAGGAUGGGUGCCGGCUGGAGUGAGGUCGGGGUGGAGGGCAUUCCGCUGGAGCUGGUGUACCGUGUGCUGAGUCACGUGUCCCUGCAAGACCUCACCACUCUGCUGGCCACAAGUUCCUACCUCAAGAGCCUCAUUGAAGAGUCCCCGCUGUUGUGGUCCAGAGUGCACACCAAGGAGCUGUGGCCCAACGAGAAGACAUGGCGAUGGUUUGAGAGAGCGGCCAAGUGUGGGAACGUGGAGGCGAGCAUCAAGCUGGUGGUGGCGCUGCUCUACUAUGAGGGAGUGUCGAUGGGCAAGCCAGUGCACAAUGGAGAGCUUGCCUUCGCCCUGUUUGAGAGUCUGGAGACCGGGGGCAGCCUUGGUCCUCGCUCCCAGCUGUGGCUUCUGUACCGCCCGCCCUGGGGUGCUCAGCCUCUCUGCAGCAAGCGUUUUGUCUUCACCAGGAUAUCCCAUGUGGCCCAGCUGAAGGGAGCGUCAUGGGGCAUCCGAGUGCUGAGUCGCAUCUCUGAGGUGGUGCCAGAUGGGGUGAGGCACUCAGACUCCUUUGAGAUCAACUGGGUGAAGAAGGCGCUGGAGGAGGGUGACAUCCAUGCACGGCUCCUCCACUGGCGCUUCCGGUAUGAGAAGAGGCACCGUGAGGGAAACCUGGACCCCGGCACUGAGCUUCAGGCCAUCAGGGACAUGCGGGAGAUGUGCCUCACUGGAUACUACCCUGCGGCACUCACCCUCUCACUCUUCCUGGCCACUUCAAGGUGUCCUCAAAUCCAGGGUCUACCAGAGAUCCGUGAGUUCCUCCAGAGCAGCCCGCCGUCCCGCACCUACUAUGCCCUCCGGUACCAGCAGCAGGUGACGCCCCACAUGCACCACGUCCUGGUUGACUGGCUGUGUGAGGUGGCCAACAUCAGGCUCCACUCCUCCCACAUCCUCCACGCUGCCACUCAGAUUGUGGAAGCCUACCUGAGCAUGGAGCAGGUAACUUGUAACCAACUGCAGCUCAUUGGCAUCACUGCUGUCCUGCUGGCCACCAGGUUCAAGCCGGGCGAGUGUAUCCUGACGGUGACGGAGGCGUGCUGGAUCACAGAUGACACUUACUGCUACAGCCACGUGGUGCGCACCAUUGGGCACAUCAUGGCGGCACUCAGGGCCAACGUGGCACUCCCUACAAUUCUGGACUACGCCACAGUGCUACUCAAAUGUGUCAGGGCGCCUCCACUCACUCAGGAAUGGACCAGAUUUGUGUGUGACCUGGCCACCACCUGCACCUUCCUUCCCAAGACCACACUGGCUCAGAUUGCAGCGUCCUGUGUUAUGCUGGGGUUCAUCUUGGCCCGCCUGCCGUGGCCCAACCUGGUCUCCAUAACAGGGUUCACUCACACUAUGCUGGUCCAGCCUCUUGUUAUCAUAUACAGCAAAAGCUUUCUAGGGGAGGGGAACAAGUGUCAGCGGCGUGGCAUCUCGGACCGGUACAGCCUCACCACGUACAGCGCUGAGCAGGUUGGGAUGCAGUCGGUACCCUGUCUUGAUGAGAUGCUGCAGGUGCUCUCCCUCUCCCUCGAUGAGUAUGUGGAUAUUGUCACCGAGCAUCUGGUCUUCACAGAUGAUGUCGACACUGAAUCAGGAGCGCCAAAGUGCAGCGUGAGAACGUACCGCCGCCAGCCCACCACCAGGCCCUCUCUAAACCCUCUGCCUGGCCCUCACAACCUGCCACCAAGACCUGCCAAUGACGCACAGCAGCACCCUGACCUGCCCGGUGGUGAUGGUGACAAUGGUGGUGGUGGUGGUGCCAGGAGCAAGACUAGUGGUAUGGGAGGGCAGUGGCGAGGCAGUGAGCCCUCCAGGGACGGCCACAGCAGCAGCAUGGAGUACAGUGACAGUGAAUCGGGGAGUGCCAGUGUCUCGCCAGUGUGGGAGAAUACACACUUGAGGACUAGUAAAGUGGAAGGUGGUAUUGAGGGUGCCAAGGGUGCUGGUGUCCUGAGCCAGUGCCAGCAGGACCAGGCUGGGGUGAUGCUGCCUCCCACUCAACACAGACACUUAGAACUGCCAGAACACAAUGUAAUACCAAGGGAGGUGGGUGGGGAGAACCUCAGUGAGACGACAGAUAGCGAGGAGAACGCCGACCUCCUCCCUGAAGCCUGUGACGGUCCUGGGGCCAAGAAUGCACGUGUUAACCUAAAGCGUAAAUUAGAGAAUGCAUCGGAGAGCGAGAGAUCGGAAAAAUACCUCAUUCGUGACGUGGGGAACCUGCAGCUGGGGUGAGGCGGACAAUAAUGUGCUGGGUGGGAAGCAGGGGUGUGUCUUCCAGCCACUAUGGGGGGUGUGCUUCCUUGUAUGUAUGUUGGGGGUUGUGCGUGCCCCUCUCUCAUUCACAAUGCAUGGGAUGACUCUGACGGACAAGUGUUUGUAUAAUUAUCCAACGAUGAGUUACACGCAUGCAAUCUGAAUUUAUUUUGUAUUUUGUGAUUUUUUUUUUUCUUUUUCAUUCUGUGGAUAUGGUGUUUGGUAGAAGUGUGCAUGUAUGUAUGUAUGUAUGAGCAUUACCAAGUGAAGAGACGUUAUGUUAUGCAGUGUGUGUGUGUGUGUGUGUGUGUGUGUGUGUGUGUGUGUGUGUGUGUGUGUGUGUGUGUGUGUGUGUGUGUCCCUGACCAGUAAAACAAUCAGUUACGAUAAUCAUUCUCAAUUUUCACAUUUUCAACUGGAAAAUACAUAAUAAAGUUUAUGAAAAGGA